ACCGACCACGUAUUUGAUUGGAUUAUUUGAUAGUCAACGCCAAAUCACGGCACUGCAGCCGCAACUAAGGAGAAUGCCAACUGUUUAGGAUCGUGCAUAAAGUCCGACCCAACCGAACCGCAAGUCACACGCUUCCCAAAACCGCCAUCUGCCCGCCAUGAAUCUGCCGGAACGCAGCCGCUUUGUGAUCUACGCCGUCGGCAUCUUCGUAUGCUACUUCUUGUACGGAAUUGUCCAGGAGAAGUUGACUCGGGGCCGCUACGGUGAGGAGGUCCAGACAGACGGAUCCGUGGGCGAACGCUUUACCUACGCCUUGGCCCUUGUUUGGGUGCAGUGCCUCUGCAACUAUGUGUUUGCCAAGGUGCUCCUAACCAUUAGGCCGCAAAAGGAAGACACUACCAAUGCGGGAUCCUACGUGGCCUGCUCGCUGACGUAUCUGCUGGCCAUGGUUUCCACCAAUAUGGCCAUGCGCUGGGUUCCCUAUCCCACUGCUGUAGUGGGUAAAUCCGCCAAACCCAUCCCCGUUUUGAUCCUGGGCGUGCUGAUUGGUCGUAAAUCCUACAGCUUGACGCGCUACGCCUGCGUACUUACCAUUGUCCUGGGCGUUAUCCUGUUUAUGUACAAGGAAGGCAAGGUGUCCAAUUUGCCGGCUGAGACCACGCUACUCGGCGAGGUGCUGCUCUUCCUCAGCCUCUCAAUGGACGGAUUGACUGGAGCUGUUCAGGAGCGCAUCCGAGCGGCCAGUGCGCCCUCGGGUCAGCAGAUGAUGAGGGCCAUGAAUUUCUGGAGCACCCUGAUGUUAGGCGUUGCCAUGGUAUUUACAGGUGAGGCCAAGGAGUUCUUGUACUUCACCAUCCGCCAUCCCGAGGCGUGGACCCAUUUGUCGCUGAUAGCUGUUUGCGGCGUGCUCGGUCAGUUCUUCAUCUUUCUAAUGGUGGCCUGCUUUGGACCGCUGGCCUGCUCCGUGGUUACGACAACGCGAAAGUUCUUUACCGUCCUGUGCUCUGUUCUGCUGUUCGGAAACGUCCUGAUUGCCCGCCAGUGGCUUGGAGCUGUCCUGGUAUUCGCUGCCCUUUUUGUGGACAUGCUGUACGGCAAGAAGGCACCACUGGCUUCGGCCAAAAAGCCUCCAGUUGAGGGAAAGCUAUCCGAGGAGAAUAAGAAGCUGACUUCGUAGAAUUUAAUAGAUGAUUGCAUAGCCUUAUGUACAUACAUAUGCACAUACACAUAUUUAGAAGACAAAGCUUUAGGCUCGAGCGGCUGCAGCGCCGAAGUUUCCCCAUUUCCUAGAACUGCUUAUCGUACAAAGAAUUCUAUCUAUAGCGAACACAGCAUUCGAUACUUGAUCUGCAACCCAUUAACAGUCGUUUUAGGUAAUUAAAUUAUUGAUAUCUAUUAGAAAAGGAACAAAUAUUGUGCAAAAAUUUACACCAGACCUGAUGGUCUCUAACUUACAGGAUCAUUCAAUCAUGUAAUGCUACAAUUUAUAAUUAAAACGUGCUCUUUUAUUAAA